AUGGUGAACGUCGGCAAGGAUUCACCUGCCAAACAUGACUUUGCCAGCUGCCAGAGGAACGCUUUGUCCAUCCUUGCCAAGUUGGGGCUGCGAAGCCUGGCUCUUGUGGGCACGUCCAUCUUCUCGGAGGCCCCAGGUGUUUCUGGGCCCUUGAAAAACAUGUGCCACGAGACCGUUUCUGUGGCCUCUCAGCACCUGAGGUUGGAGUCGGCCAGGGACCACGUUCUGCCCAUUGACUAUUACUUCCCGCCCCAGAAGACUUGCUUGAUUUGUGGUGAUGAAGCUUCCGGGUGUCACUACGGAGCGCUCACCUGCGGAAGCUGCAAGGUCUUUUUCAAAAGAGCAGCUGAAGGGAAACAGAAGUAUCUCUGUGCCAGCCGGAACGACUGCACCAUCGAUAAAUUCCGAAGAAAAAACUGCCCUUCCUGCCGACUGAGGAAAUGCUACGAAGCCGGGAUGACGCUGGGAGCCCGCAAAUUGAAGAAACUGGGUAAUCUGAAGAUGCAGGAGGAGGGCGAGAGUGCCGGCCCGUCGAGUCCCACAGAGGAGCAGAUGCCGAAGAUGUCCAUGACCCGCAUUGACAGCCUGGAAUGCCAGCCCAUCUUCCUCAAUGUCCUCGAAGCGAUCGAGCCGGGCGUGGUUUGUGCCGGCCAUGACAACAACCAGCCGGACUCCUUCGCCGCCCUUCUGACCAGCUUGAAUGAGCUUGGGGAGAGGCAGCUGGUCCACGUCGUGAAGUGGGCCAAAGCCUUACCAGGGUUCCGCAACCUUCAUGUGGAUGACCAAAUGGCCAUCAUUCAGUAUUCCUGGAUGGGGCUGAUGAUCUUCGCUAUGGGGUGGAGGUCUUUCACCAAUGUGAACUCCCGGAUGCUUUACUUUGCCCCCGACUUGGUCUUCAACGAGUACCGGAUGCACAAAUCCAGGAUGUACAGUCAGUGUGUCAGGAUGCGACAUUUGUCUCAAGAAUUUGGAUGGCUUCAGAUCACUCCCCAAGAAUUUCUCUGUAUGAAAGCUCUUCUCCUCUUCAGUAUUAUUCCAGUGGAUGGCCUGAAGAACCAGAAGUUUUUUGAUGAACUGCGGAUGAACUACAUAAAGGAACUCGAUCGUAUCAUUGCCUGCAAGAGGAAGAACCCCACAUCCUGUUCUCGCCGCUUCUACCAGCUCACGAAGCUCCUGGACUCUGUGCAGCCUAUUGCCAGAGAAUUGCAUCAGUUUACAUUCGACCUCUUGGUCAAGGCCCACAUGGUCAGCGUGGACUACCCAGAAAUGAUGGCAGAGAUCAUCUCGGUGCAAGUGCCCAAGAUCCUCUCUGGGAAAGUGAAGCCCAUCUACUUCCACACGCAAUGAGGUGGAGGCGGACGUCAGCCUCGGCGACCCCGGGCUCGGCUGCCUUCACUGCCCGGUGUCCCUGGCCGUCGCCUGUCCCGCUCAUCUCUGCACUAUGCACUGCAGUGCCUUGGGAAGGCUGUAUCGGAAAGAUACACAGUCGUAACAAACAAACAAACAAACAACUACCUGCUGGGGUUUCUAUCAGCGGUUCUCCUGUCCAGCCACCCUCUCACCCUGCCAUGCCUUUUCUCUUCUCUCUGAGCCGCCCUCGACAUAGAGUUCUCUGCCCUCCCUUUUGCCUGUUUUGGAUGGCUCGUUAUGUGUUCCGAUCCCCAUUCUCCUGCAACCUUCUCUCUUCUUCUUCUUCUUCUUCUUCUUUUGGUGGAGGUGGUGUGACAGGGUGCUCAAGUGCACUUGUUUACAAUUCUGGAACUUGUGCAUUUCCCACCGUGGCUUCUGUGGCCCUGCGCCAGCUUUCGCUUUGGGAAGAGGGGGGCAUCUCCUUUGAGCGGCCGUCUUUCUAGCCGUUCCUUUUUCUUUCUUCAGUGAGAAACAGACAGAAGUCCAAGGUUUCGAAAAAGAAGGCUGUUGGUAAUUAAGUCACAAGGGUUGCUGUUGGGAUUGGGGGGGGGGAAUGAGGAGGAGGGUGAUGGUUCCUUUUGAGCUCCUCUGUUAUGAUGUUUUUCAAGGGGGUUGCUCAGCUCCCUGGAAUGCAGGAGAAAUUGUGGACCAUUUCUGAGAGACAGAGAGGGAGAGGUGACCUGUCCAGAACCCAAGUGCCAACAUAUGGGAAGUAUCUAAACUCUAAUUUCACAAGAAUGUGCCUGGGCCAUACUUCUGCAUGCAGAGAAGACCCGGUCUCCACUCUUGCCUUGACUAUGCACGAAGGGCCGUCGUGGUCCAGACAUCUGACAGAGGCAUGAGCAUGCCUCUGCUCUCGCCCUGCCCCAGGCUUGCUCUUUCAGAUAUACUCGCAAAGCUGUGUGUCUCACCUGGCUGUUGCCGCUAUGCCAGCAAACUGUGUCCCCAUGUGCUUUGGAAGUGCAUAGCGCUACAUUUACUCAACUCAAAGUGCCCGAUCCAUACGGCAGCUUUUGUGUUCACGAACAGGACACACAACAUGAAGAAGGACUGGAGGUGCUUCUUAACCUUCUCAACCUGAAGACUGCUGAGGUCUGUCUUACAGCAUUUCCCCCCUCCCUUCUUCUGUGGACCAUGAACCCAAGCUUUAAAAAGAAAAAGAAAGAAAGUAAGAACAGAAGAAAACCUUGCCCAAUGGAUGUGAACACAUUCCAGUUUUGAGCAUUUUCUUGGCCGUGUCUCUGAUGAUGAGAACGCAGCUCUUUGGGUUCUCGGUGCUGAUCAUCCUGCCUCCAUGUGUCAUUUUGCUUGGUGGCGUCACCAGCCUCUUAGCUCCACUUCCCACAAAAUGUAGCCUGACCAAGGUACCUGGUGGGUGGGUGGGUGUCACCUGGAGCCACCAACAUUGCAGGUGAAGGCCCAAGAAGUGAAGUUGACCAAGAACUCUUGGCUUAGAGGCCUCCUCAGAAACUGCACAGUACUUUGGACCUCACCUGCUUUACCUGGAAAGCAUGACAGGCCCUCUUUUUCUUCCUGGGAUUUCCUAUUAAAUAGUAGAAACUGGUUUUUGCCAAAAGGCCGAUGCUAUUGACCCUCGGAAAGCUUGUGAAAGCAUCGAGCCCUUCGCUGGCCAUAGGAUCUCAUGGGUUGAGUCAAAAAGAGCCCAAGCUGCCCUGGUUGAAUCCCCAGGCUUACUUCUCGAAAGAAAUCUGCGUGGGUAAUUCUUUUGACAAGAACCACAGUGUUUUGGGUCAUGUCCUUGGAAUAUGCAAAUCUUUCAUCCAUUCUCAUAACGAUGGCACCCCUAAGAAUCCCUUCGUUGGCAUCCGUUAUUUCUUCUAAGCCUAAUCUCUGAGGCAGAAGCAUAAAAUAGCAAAAGUUGAGCAGCCCACCUGAUAUUUCUAAUUUUUUUGUUUUGUUUUUACUCUUGAGGGACUUUGUCCUUUAAGAAAAUCUCCAAAAUGUGGUAACUUAAUAUCAAUUAACGCCUCAGGAUGGGUUAAUGUGAGCUUCAGGUUUGUCCACCCUCAGUCGUUUACACCUGUUUACUCUGUUGAGGGGUAACUGGGCAAUUUCUGCAGCCUUGAUGGGUCUUGUGGCAUCCCAGCAUUCGACAGAAACAACCGCCCAGUAUUCAGAGCCUGGUAGAGAUGCUAUGUUACCUAAGACCUGUCUCCCAAAAAUCUCCAGAAAACAAAACAAGAGACUACCACAGGUGUGCUCAUUGUUUUAGUGAUGUCACCAAUUGCAUUUCUUCAAACCCAUUCAAAAGCUUGGUGGUCCUUUUUGCUGGUUUUCCAAAAACAGUGCAUUAUUGUUGUUGUUUAAUAUACAACAUACUGUUUUUGGAAGGAGCAAUUGCCUCAAUCCUGUAACUGUGGUUUUUAUUUUAAAUAUAUAUAUGCAUAUAUCUCUAUAUAAUAUGGGGGAUGCUGUGAUAUUGCUUGCUUAUCCUCUGGGCACUCGGGUGAAAAGAUGGUAGAAUAUUUGGGAAUGGAGACCCUUUCUCCUCCCCCCCCCAUAAAGGUGUGUGGUUUGGGUGCUUCAUGUGGAAACACCUACCUUGUCUGGUGAAACCACGAUCCCGCUUCAAAAAUCAUCUUCAGAUCUGACCUAGGAGUUACAUUUUCCUUGCAGGCCCCAAGUCAGUAAAUUCACAAGGUCUUUUUUUCCAUGGGCAGAAGAGAGGAGAGGACAGCCAUAAGCAAGACAGAAAUGUCUCUCAUUAAAACAACUGUGAACUAGUUAGCAAGGCUGGGCGUGCCAACGAGAGAUCUCGGCUGUGGUCAUAAGUUCUUGCCGCUGAUGUUUGCUUGUAUGUGGCCUGCGGCAAAAAGUUUCCUGGGAGGAGCUGAGUUAAGGAGAUAAAAGCACAGAUGCACGCAUCUGCUUGUCAAGCUAAGGUACUUUCUCCGACCCCUUGGUAUAAAAAUAAUACUAGCCAGGAUUUGCAAGAUGCAUCUCACUGCAUGCCAGAGAGAUGCUGGGCUUUCUUUUUAAAACAUGGCUCCUCUUUGGCCUGUUUGAAAGACCUGCUCCUUCCCCAGCCUGUCUUGCUAAGCCCUGCCUGCCUCUGAGGAAGCAAACCUCUCGUGGAGGUUUCUGAGGCUAACACGUGCUGGAUUUGGCAGGGGGGUCACCUGUAUGUGUUGCCUUAUGGAGAAUGCUUGGAAGUGGUUGCGCAUCCAGAUUCCCAACGGGGUAACCUUGACAGGGGCUGGACUUGAUGACCCUCCAGGGUCCCUUCCUGCUCUGCAGUUCUACAAUUAAGAUUAUUAUUAUCUCUGAGGCUCGCCCCGUCUUUCACGCUUGUUUUCAUGAGGGCAGGUGAGGGGGGGGGCAGUAGAGGUGGGGAGUGUAAGUGACCCCUUCACUUUGCUCCAUCACCAGUUGCUGGCUGGACGAGAGAUCUACAGCCUUGCUCGGACGCCAGCAGAGAAAAAAUUCCCAUCGUCUCUUGGAUGAUUUUAUCCCAGGCCGUGGGCAUCCUGUGGUGUUUGGCCUGGCAAGGGCACCCCAGUGCAAAGCUUCUCUUGUUCAAGGGGAGGGCCCUUGUCUUUAAACAAUUCUGGGCUUUCAGCCCUUAAAGAGGCCUUACCUGUAUCUGCAGCGUCCCUCCCCCAUCACCCCUUCUCGUCUUCUUGUUUUCCUGAAUAGAUCCCCUGUGUUUGCCUUAACUGUGCAUGGGGGGGGGCUCUGGGGGUGGCGGGCAUCCUGUCUUUUUUCUGUGAUGCACCUUAUGCAGCUUUAGUGCUUUCUCUUGCCCAGCUGCAGCCAAUUUUUGACUCAAAGAAUGUGUUCUUCGUGGUGGUGCCAAAGAGGGUGUACAUAAAAUAAAAAGAGAUGUCGCAGGUAACCUAAUUAAAGGGGGGGGAAGAGAGAGAAAAAUAUCCAGUGCAUUAGGAUAAUUUAGGAUCAGGUUUUCUCCAGUGCCAUGCAUAAGUAUUUCUUUUUUCUCUUUUUCAUUUUGAGGGGUUUUUUGAUAUAGACCUGCAGCCUAGAUUCUGUGUGUGAAAAGCUCCUUCUUUUCCGCACAGGCAGGUCCCAAAAUCUCUUUUCUCCCAACGUGUGCCCCUGCCUGGGCCUCUGCUACCAAUUGAUUUGCACUAGUGCUGCGUGGAGGGGGGACAGCACAGAGAAGGCCCCUGCUUUAGCACGAAAGCUUUUCUGCACAUGCAAGGGGUUUCACACGAGAAAGGGGGAGCAGUUUUCCGUUUUCCUAAAACCCGUACUGAGCUGGAGGGGGGGGAGGCAGAGGGUGACCCUCUGUAGGUUCCCCAUUAAUGCCCAGCUGGUUCAAUGCUCCUCUUUCACUCUGCCUCCUUCGUGUUGAACCUACAGCAUCUUGCAAGUAGCCAGCAGGGCCUUGGAUGAGGGGGCAGCAGGGUGCAAGGUGAUGGCAAGGUCAAAGAGAUGGCCCUGCCUGCUCACCUCAUGGUCCAGAGGAGGCUGGGUGGCAGAGUCACGGGGGGGGGCAAGGUUCUGAGUGGCGGACACCAGCGCUCAGGUACUGGACGGUGGCUUGGUAGAGGCGUCCAAAGGCGUCCAAGGGGGAGCCCUCUUGGCUCUCCUGCUUUCCGGGUCCCGGAGCGGUCAUCCUCUCCCACGCUUCGCUUUGCUUUCCUAGGAAGCCACGCCGGGGGGGAGGGGGGGCACGGGACCCUGUGUCUGUGUCCCUGGCAGCUCUCCACGGAUUGCACCCCUUGUCCUCACGCUUGACUUCAGCCCGUCCCUGCCGAGAGUUUUGAGUGGCAACUGGUUAUGACAAAAGGUUGUGGCACUUUUUUUAA